AUGUCAGACUCCGCCAAGCCCGCCGCGCAGUCGUACCGGACAUCAUGCGAUCGAUGUCGACUGCAGAAACUUCGGUGCGUUCCAUCUGAUGGUGACUGGCUGAAUGCGUGUCAACGGUGCACGCGCGCCCGGGUGCCUUGUGCGUUCAGUCGACGAGCUCGCAGUGGGCGACAGCCCAAGAAACUUGACAGGGCGGAAGAGCCUUCCCACACGUCCUCAUCUGGAUCAAACGCAUCGACGCCGCCAAUGGAACUCCCCAGAUUUCCUGUGCCGGGGGACGAUCCUUUAUCGUCGAUCGCUCGUGUGAAUCCCAUGGCCGAUCCGCACGACCUGGCCGACCCACCGCUGGACCCAAUGAUGGCUGAGAUAUUAUUCCACACGCCGGGAGACAACGCAGUCAUGCCCAUUCAUAUGCCAUUCCCUGUUCGAAAAAUAGAAUGGUGGUGUUCUCCCGAGUCACUGAGCCCAGAGCUCGAUAUUACAAAAUCAACCAACCCAUUAGACCACGCAUAUUUUAACCAAGCCGAGUCAAACCGCACAAGAGAAAUAGUCAGCAUACAUAACACAAACAGCAUUAUCCCCGACAACCUAAUCCCCUUGGGCGAAACCCCAUCCACCCAAGUCCAAUGCCUCUCCUCCAUCCUCGUCGCAAUGACAAACUAUACAAGCGAUCUUCAUCGGUGGGGAACUUACCUCGCCCAAUGGCUACGGGAAAUUGUAUCUCGACUGACAUGGACGGGAACCGAAUUUCCCAGCCUUAUCCCCAGUAGCGAUGACCCCGUGGACACUCCCACCCUUCUGAUCAUGAUGUCAUGCUAUAUGUCGCUAGUAAAUAUCUACGACACAGUGUUUUACGACCUACGCCAGCUACUAGCCAUACUGCCAGACUCGACGUCUUCAACAUCAUCCCGGGCUGAGCUACGAUGGGACCUGCGACUGGGUGACCUUCCUCUAACGAACGAGGGGUGCGUGCGGGUUCUUAAUGCCGUGCAGAUAUUGCUGGAUCCGUUGGAUGCCAUUGAAAAUGAUCUCAAACAUGUUCAAAUCUCCGACGACCGCAUCGUAGAGUCGUUGUUUAGAGAAAAUGUCAGCGCUGGCGCGGCAACGGAAGGAGGGCUAAGUGGGGGCUUAAGGGCGAAGGUUGAAGAACUGCAGGGGCUUUUGAAGCAAAAUCUGAAUUUGUAG